CUUAAUAUCUUGCGUGCACGAGCUUCCAGUUGGAAUUACUACAUCUUCAAGUAUGAGAGAGUUGCUAAAUGGGAAAACUGCAUAAAACUAAUCUCGGAAUUCAGCACCGUUGAGCGCUUUUGGAGUCUUCUCCUAGGUACACAAAGGGUUUCGGAGCUACAGAAGGGUACAGACGUUUUGACAUUCAAAUCAAAUAUCGAACCUAAAUGGGAGGCUCCACAAAAUCAAAACGGUGGCAGAUGGCUUAUGGCUAAUAUCUUCAAAGAUGAUGUAGAUAGGUAUUGGGAGGAGAUUCUUAUGCUGCUUAUCGGAAGCGCUUGGGAGACAGAUGUUGAAGAUGAACAGGUUUGUGGUGCUGUGUUUCAGUCCCGAUCUCGUGGAUCGAAAUUAUCGGUAUGGACUAGUGAUGCCUCAGAUGUGGAAACUGUAAUGCGCAUUGGACGACGUGUGAAGAACGUAGUUAGGUAUCCUGAUCCCCUUUUUUAUCAGACUGUGGAAGAGCAGAAAGUUGCUUCCAGAGGUACGGAUGUUCUCUCGGGGACAUACAAAAUCGACUAA